AGAACAAAAAGCAUGGACGGGGGCGAUAUGGAAGCAGGUUGCGGGAUAGAGAUGUCUUCGAUGAUGGCCAGCAGGAGGAAAAACAUAGCGAAAGUGAUGUCCACAUUUGUGGUAUUCGCUCUUUGCGUGGUGGCGGCUUCUUGCAUUUUUGAUUCGGUGGAGUACAAUCGAUCAGAAAAGCUACUAUACAAGGUUGGGACCGGCAACGUGAACAUAGACGCUUCGAGAACAAAAGGAGGAGGUCUACAAGCCUUAGCGAACUUUGCACAACGAGUGGUCGCGCUAGGUGCCAAGAAGAACUCAACCUCGGUGAAUCAUAAGCCGAUGAUUAAACAUCAAGCGAUGCUGCGACUCGCGAAAUUGCAGUCACAGGACAGCUCACAGGCAAAUGCAACUGCGUCUGCUCCAUUGAGUAGAAAUGAAACGCAUCCAACAUCGGAUGAGAGCGAUGAAAUACAGGAUUCCUUCUUCGAUAGUUCGAACGCAGAGGGGCGCUGGGCAACAUCAGACUGGCUUGUUUGGCUUGUUUCUGGACCGAUAGUUACUGUCUCAGUCACAAUGUUCGUAUACUACACUUAUGGAAUAUCGUGGGCUGCCUCAAUAUUUGUGAUUCUGGGAGUGGUGGACGUGUUGGCGCUGUAUAUGAACGUUUGAUUCAUCUGCACUCGUUUUGAACUGGCUGGAUCAAAGUCUGGGUUUAGUAAGCCCGGUGGGGACAAAGCUUUGAAUUUCAGCAGGCAAUCAGUUUAUUCAUUUCCCGAAAACUUUCUCGACAUCCCUCUUCACUUUGUAUAGUUAUCACUCGCUGAGUAACCUUUAUUCGACAUUAAAGCAGUAUUCAUUC